CGGGAAUCGAGACUUCAUUCAAUUCCUCUUUUCCGGAGAGUAACUAGCGACACUUUGUAAAUUGUCAAUUUUGACUACGAGUAGUGUUAUUUGUCCAGUGACAGCGUGUCGUCAUUUUCAAGCUGAAAACGACACCAUGAACAAAAGAAGUACAGCAACACUGCGUCCUGUUUCCCAGAAACUGAUAGGACUCACAAAGAGCUCUUAUCGAAGCAAGAGCGGAGUGGCGACCCUAAAGACAGCGACAGAACCAGACGAGAAUUCACCAACCUUUAUACCACCUCAAAUUAACAAACCAGCCACUGUUCCACUACCAUCCUCUGAUUAUUCACGCAUCGUGUUCGAUCUUGAAACCACAUCGUUAGGUGACAAUGCCGAUAUCGUACAGUUGGCAGCUAUCCAUGACAAAGACGUGUUCAAUUGUUACAUUCUCCCAAAGAAAAAAAUGACAAAGGAUGCUUCUAAACUCACCAAAAUUUAUGUUCGCCGUUACAAAGUAUACCACAACCGAAAAGUGGUCCCAUCCACUAAUUUACUUCGCGCCCUAGAACGGUUCUGUAAAUGGCUGUCUAAGUAUCGCAAUCCACUUCUCGUUGCCCACAAUGCAAAGAGGUUCGAUUCCCGUGUGAUUGUACAACAGGCUGAUAGCGUCGGUUACCUUCCAAAAUUACAACAAUUCAUCGCGGGGUUUGUGGAUUCACUACCGCUAUUUAAGCUGAUGUGCCCAGACAUGACAUCGUAUACGCAAGAGCACCUGGUGAAAGAAAUACUACAUCAGAGUUACGACGCUCACAAUGCAGUCGGAGACGUGAGAAGUUUAUCGGAUCUUAUUUCGCAUCUUCAUCCGACCGUAGAACACCUUAUCAGUCAUAGUUUCAGCGUCUCUGAUGUUAUAACUUAUUUAAAAUACUCUGCCACAAAAAAGAAAAACUUGUCCAGCUUACAGAAACUAGUAUCCAAUAACAUACUGUCUCAGUACAUGAUUGAGAGAAUCGCCGGAUCAGGACUAAAUUUUAGGCAUUUAUUGCUGUGUUACAAACGAGGUGGGCAGGAUGGUCUGGUUGAAUUAUUUCAGGAGAAAAUAAAUGGUGAAGUUAGAGUGACCGAGAAAACUACCAUAGUUGCAAAGUUGGCCGAUCACUUGAAUGGGUACAACCUUGAGCUUCUCUGAAAAAAUGUCUCCAUACAAAUAUUGAAAACGAUUCAAUGAAAGUUCACCGGGAUUAAGACUACAGAGUGCUUCAAAAUUCAUUGAUUAGAAGCUGAAUACGACUUAACGUUUUCACAGCAUGGAUUGUUCUCAGAGUACGUAAUCUCAUUAGGGCAUGCUGUGUUAUUUCGUACUGCGAGGUGUAUACGAGUUUAGUUUGUCUUAAGAAACUCAAGUCUAGUGACGCAGAACAUUGAUUUAGCCGAAUAUCGUCGCCAACUUUGCAAUCUAUCAUGCGGAACUGUCAUCGCCUUUGUAGUAUAUCUGUUAGCUGCCGAUAACGGUCUGUGCUGAUAAGAGGGAUUUUUUUACAAUGAAUAUAACCAAGGGUAGCGUUGCUUUUUAACGAUUACAUAAACAAAGCCUCUUAUAGAAUUUGUAGAUUUUGUAUUCCAUAUCCACCGUGAUGUUGUUUACUCAAAUCUUAGUCCGAAUGAAAUGUACAACUGUACCUUAUAAAGAAUGGAAAAUAAAAUAUAUUUUUAAUG